AUGACCAACCCACGUAAAACAUAUCUACUCAUAAAAAUCAUCAACAAGACUUUCAUUGACCUUCCAACCCCAUCCAACAUCUCUACCUGAUGAAACUUUGGAUCCCUACUAGGCAUAUGCCUAAUAAUUCAAAUCAUUACAGGUCUUUUCUUAGCCAUACACUACACCCCAGACACCUCAACUGCCUUCUCAUCAGUAGCCCACAUCUGCCGAGAAGUAAACUAUGGCUGACUUAUCCGCAACCUACAUGCUAACGGAGCAUCAGUCUUCUUCAUAUGCCUUUAUCUCCACAUCGGCCGAGGAAUUUAUUAUGGCUCAUACCUAUAUAAAAGCACAUGAAAUAUCGGAGUAAUUCUACUACUAAUAACUAUAAUAACUGCUUUCAUAGGAUAUGUACUCCCAUGAGGACAAAUAUCAUUUUGAGGGGCGACAGUAAUUACCAAUCUACUAUCCGCCAUCCCAUACAUUGGCAGCACGCUAGUAGAAUGAAUCUGAGGAGGCUUCUCUGUAGACAAAGCUACUUUAACCCAAUUCUUUGCCCUACAUUUCAUCUUACCAUUCAUCAUUACAGCCCUAACCAUAGUCCACCUCUUAUUCCUCCACGAAACAGGAUCAAACAACCCCUUAGGAAUUAACUCUAACCCUGAUAAAAUCCCAUUUCACCCUUACUAUACCACUAAAGACACGAUAGGCCUAAUACUAUUAUUAAUUUUACUCACACUAACCCUACUCUCACCUGAUACACUAAGUGACCCCAACAACUUUUCCCCUGCAAAUCCUCUCAACACACCACAACAUAUUAAACCAGAAUGAUGCUUCUUAUUUGCAUACACAAUCCUAUGAUCCAUUCCCAACAAGCUAGGAGGAGUCUUAGCCCUACUAGCAUCUAUCCUAGUCCUAUUUAUUAUGCCAUUCCUCCACACAUCCAAACAAAGCAGCCUAAUAUUCCGACCAAUCUCACAAACCCUAUUCUGAAUCCUAGUAACUAACUUACUUGUACUCACUUGAAUUGGAAGCCAACCAGUAGAACAAUCCUACACUACCAUUGGCCAAGUAGCAUCCACCACAUAUUUCCUACUAAUCAUUAUUCUAAUACCCAUGGCAGGCUUACUAGAAAACUUCAUACUAAAACCCAAAUAA